ACGUAUCCGAAAUGCCAUGUGUUCUGUAGCCAACGGAGAUCAGUGAAGGAAGCUCUUAGAGUCUCAGCGUCCCCGCAAACCUCCACACGAAGGUGCACCGUACCAACCUACACAGUCGCGCACUCAGAAUGCCUCAGAGCGCCGAUGACCAAUCUCCCGAACCGGCCGAAUUCUCCGGCUCCGACAUCGAGGAACAAAAAGAAGAAGAAGAAGACCCCGAAUUGUUAGAAGAAGAAGUAGAAGAAGAGGAAGAAGAGGAGGCGGAGGCGGAAGAAGAAGAGGCGGAGGGGGAAGAGAAUAUGGACGACGAAUUAGAAGGAAGGGUUGAAGUGGAUAUGGAUAUUUCAGAUUCACCAAUUCGAUCCCAUGAUCAUCACAACGGCCAGAGAACCUCUGUACACUUACAGAAUGAGGUCGAUGGUCAUCCGUGUAAUAGUGAGAUUAUGGAUGCUAAAGCGACCAGCUCAUGUAGAGUUGGCCGGGAAGAGAUGGCUGAUGCCAUCCCGAUUAGGGAUCAUUUAGGUGAGGAGGUUAGAAGUGUUGUGAACCCAGGGGAUGAGAUGAAACAAGUGGACAUGCAGCAGAGGAAUGGUAGAAAGCAAAUGGAUUCAAGGUUUUUCAGGUCAGGUGCUCUUGAGACAGGGACCACAACUGUGUCUCCUGCUGCUGAGACUAGUGGUCGAAGCAAGCGCCCAGCUAUUAUAUGUGACUUUUAUGCGAAGGGUUGGUGCAUUAGAGGUAGUUCUUGUAAGUUCCUCCAUGUGAAAGAUAAUCUGAAUAGUUCUCAACCACAUCCUGAGGGAGAUGUUGCUAAUUCUACAAGAGAAGUCCAGCUUGAUGAAGGUCUAAGAGACAUUACUGAGAGAUCAAGGUCACCUGGUUUUCGUGACCCUCUGGCUUUUUCAAGUGGAAGUGAUUUUGCAUUUUCUUCACAUCUCAGUUCUGAAAAGAUCCGAUUUUUGGAACACAUAGGAAGACAGCACCAGUUUCAUGAAAAGCGCAAGUUUCCAACAGUUAUUGGAGAGGAGUCAAAUGUGGGGUUGUCCACUGAUGCAAAGAAAUUGCAUUCAUCCAAAGAUGAUCCAGGCUUUCUCUCGUCACUUAAGGAUAUAGAAAGGGAUGAUCAGAGAAAUUGGCCUGCUGUUAAAGAUAAAUCCAUAUUCAUUAGCAGUUUGCAUCCUGAGCCUGGAUUUUUUUCAACUGGAUCUAUUUCAUCAUCAGGAAAGUACCUUAUAGGGAAGAACUCUUCACAUUCGAGCAGUAUGGAGGAACCAGCUGGAAUUUGGAGCCAGCGUAUGCCCCGUGACCAUAGUUCCCCACUUGUGAACCUUGCUUUGAAUUCAAGCUCAAGAAAUCUUUCAAUUACUGCCUUGUUUCCAACUAGCCGUAUUUCAUCUUGGACUGGAUUUUCGUUGCCUUCUAGUUAUUCCAAUCUCGAUUCAAGUCCUCAUGAUACUCUUAAGCUUUUUGAUCAAAGUAGGGAUUACCGUUCUUCUACUAGAUCAUCUCCCUUGCUGAAAAGCUCUUCCCCCUUCUCUAGUUCUGAAUUGAAAAGUUUGCCGACCACCGUGUCAUUGCGCUCUGCUGAAAUUAAAACAAAACUUUCUUCAAAUGAUUGGGAGCCGUCUGUGCCAUUCCGGCCAUCUUUUAUUCUUCCUCAUGCAUUUCUAUCAUCUUCGGGGUGGCAGUAUGAACCUCUUCGUGACAGCAUUGAGUUACCAAAGUUAGCAAACAUCUCUGGUGAAGCUUCUUUCUAUCCUGAAGGGGCAACCGGUGGGAAUAAAUUGCAUCUGCAACAUGGUGAAUCUGCUAGUGGGACCAUGCGGCCAGCUUGUGAUGGUGAUACAAACUCUAUGUCUUCACAUAAUACGUAUCAUGAGAAGGUAUUAGAUAAUAGCUGCUAUACACGUGACCAUAAUUCCCCUGUAACUGAAGCAGAGACAGCGGGGACUUCUGCUGUCUGCCAAAAUGGAACCAUGACUGGAGAAGAAAAUCCCUUGGGCCCUCCUCAUCCCAAAGGUAGUACAAAACAAAAUAAAGCCAGUAGUGCCACUGGUGAUUCUAGACAUCAAAGUGAUGGUUCUAGACACCAAGAAGGCACAAAAUUAGGUAGAUUUAGAGAAAAAAAUGAAGUGGAUGGUGAACAUUUGACAGACCGAGAUGUACAGCAAGAAUCAAAAGCUGUGAAGAAUUUCCGUGCGGCUCUUGUAGAUUUAGUGAAAGAAUUGUUAAAACCAAAAUGGCGCGAAGGUAGUCUCAGCAAGGAUGCACAUAACAUGAUAGUUAAGAGAGCAGUAGAGAAGAUUAUCAGUGCUUUUCAGCCCCAUCAAAUCCCAUCUACCAUAGAAACAGUUGAGCAAUACCUGUCUGCAUGCCGUCCAAAAAUCUCAAAGCUUGUUGAGGGAUAUGUUGAAAAAUAUGGAAAAUCUUGAGAUGUUAGGCCAAGUGAUUUUUCUCUUGCAAAAUUUCCUACGCAGUUUACUAAUUGGAGGUCAUGGACAGUUGGUUUAGUAUCCCCUGUUUUAUAUAAUCAGAAUUGAGCUUUUGUAGAAAGUUGUUAAUUUUCUUAUAAGAUUUAUUGUUUCAUAAGUUAGUUCUGUUACUGACAUUUCAUAUAUUUUGACAUAAACGGUGUCAUGACUGGAACUUAUCUUAGUCUGUGUAUAGAAAAACGGUUGUAAUUCAUUUCAUUUUUAUGCAAGGAAGAUUGCCUUAGGCUUGAAUUAACUCAGCUUGAGGGUCUUUGCAAAUUUUAUCAAAGUGUCUGAAUACUGGUUCUUAUUC